AUGAAGAGAAAGGCUUUGAGGGAACUAGAGGUUGAAAUCGCAGCUCAACCACUGCGAAAGCGGGUGAAGCCCCGACCUGCCGAGUACUUGGAAGAGCCCCGGAGCCUGGAGGGUCUAUGGAAGCCUUCGUUUCCGGUUGGGACACCGAGGAGCACUCUUAAAAGGGGGAAAGCUGUACAAGAAGAGCAACAGAGUCUAUCUUUUUGGCUCCACGGAGGAGGCAUUGUUAAAAGAGAAGUGGUUGCUUUGAUCCCUGUGGUGGUGGCCGUUGUUUCGGCUUCUCCGCCUUCCAAUGAGCUUGGACUUGUUUUAAGUGAAGGAAAAGUGGAAGAGAUAAUUCCAAUGAAGAGAUUGAAGAUAGACUGGGCUCCAUAUGUUCUUUUGGACAAGAUAUUAGACAAAGAAGGUCCUGAAAUCUUUGUCUUGAGCUGCAAGCAAAGAAGGGCUGCUCUCAAACACAAAAAUGUCAAGGGAAGCCGUGAUCUAUUGAAUGCUAAUGAUGAUGAGCUGGAGGAGUUGGACUUCAGUGGUGAAGAUGAGGAUCAGGUAAUAGAAGAAGAUGAUGAAAAGAAUGUCAAGGUGGAAGAAGAAUCAAAGGGACAAAAUAUUGAUCUUCGAGUUAGGGAAGGCGGCCGGAGAAGAAGUGUGGAUAAUAUAAUAAAGAUGAGGAUUUACAAGUUGUAUCCGGUACAAACACCGGAUACUCCUGACAUCAGAGUUUAA